AUGCACCCCUCUAGCGGACUUCGCCAACCUGGAACUUUUCCAGAUAUGAGUCUUGGUGAUGCAUUUCGCUCCGGUCUGGUUAUCGAGGUUGUUUCGUGUGAGGUUCUAAUCAAACAAAACCGCCUUAUAUCAAUUUGCAACUAUCUUCUGAACCGGCACGAAAGAGACCUAUUUCUCAAACGAAUUGAGACGGAUGACGAAAAGUGCAUCAUCUACGACAAUGUAGUACGCAGGAGAUCAACUGCUGACGAGCCACCUAAUACCAUUCCCGAAGGCCUACAUCCGAAAAUUCGAAGAUCAACUACACCCACCUAA